AUGUCCGAAACGGUCGAUAUUACUGUUGAAUUCACUGGUGGCCUGGAGAUGCUCUUUGAUAAUGUGUCCAAGCACUCGCUGUCACUCGCCAAAGACGCUGACGACGGAAAACCACCUACUGUCGGAUACCUGGUCAAGUACUUGUGCAGUAACUUGAUGAAGGACUCGAGAAAAGAGCUGUUUGUGCUCGAUGGAAACGUUCGACCAGGGAUUCUCGUUUUGAUAAACGAGUCUGACUGGGAACUCGAGGGUGAAGACAAAUACGAACUAGUCAACAAAGACACGGUUCUAUUCGUGUCUACCCUCCACGGUGGCUAA